UAUAUUUAAAAACUUUAAUUCCAGAUUUGGAGUUGAUCUUCAUGCGAUGUCAACAAGAAUGUGGAAAUAAACAACAAGAAAUGCAAAAUGUAAUGGGCCGGAAAGAGAAAAUUGUGUUUUAUGUUUUAUGUGAAAAAAAUGACCAAACAAGUUAUUUAAUACAAAUAUAUCUUUAUAAAAUCUAGCAAGUUCAGUUUGAUUAAUUAAAAGAACUGAAAUGAAGAAUAAAUGUGAUUACAAACAGCUCCAAGCUUUUGUUCUAAAUACGGAGCAAAAAGGCGGUGCCAUGAAGAUCAAUUGUACAAGUUUGAAUUUAAGCCUCGAGGAUGGCGAAAAGGGUUUCUUGAGGUCACUGAAUGGCUUCUAGACUAAUGCAGAGUAUGGCGUAUAAGCGAUUCCCUAGACGAGAUAAAGGCUCGUCUGUAGAGGAAAUAGAGCUUGAGGAAGAUAAAUCUACCGCUGAGCAGGUUCUGCAGAUUCUUCUCAAUGUCUGCAUUAAACCUGGAGUCUCUGCUCGGAAGAAAGCUCUUUAUCUCUCGGCCCUGUACAAACUCAUCUCCUCCCCCUCAUCCGGAACCUCAGAUCUUGGUCUCAGGGUUAAAGAGAUCAUGCUUUGUUUACGGCUCCCGCUUAUUAGUGACGAUGAAGAACUUCGAACCAUUACAAUGAGAAUAGUUAGAUAUCUAAUUAAAAAUAAUCAAGACGCUGUCUCUGUGAUAUCUGUGAACAUUCAUGUGCUUAUUAAUCGAAUAUUAGAUUUAGAUUCAGAGACUAGGGCUGAGAGAGUACAGGCUGUGAAACUAGCAAGAACAUUACUAAUCUUUGGACCGUCAAGCUUCCCUUUAACCUUGGUUAAAUCCUUGAUGGCCUUGACCCAGAAGGUCGCUAAGACCAAGGAUUCCUUGCGGCGAGGAAGUCUUGCAGUUCUAUGCGAACUCAGUUCGCUGAAUCCUUCCCUGUUCAUAUCCUCGGGUUGUGUUAAGUUCUUUUCUCAAAUACUGUUCGACUGCGAGAACCUUCCUAGAAUUAUUGAGUCUUUAGUCGGUUGCCUUUUACGAAUUUACAAUAAUCCUAAGCUACGCCAAGAAUGUCAACUAGAUUUAUCAAAUAUUAUUUCUCCAUUUACAGAACUUCAUCUUCACUCAGAACUAACUCCUACUGAUGAGAGUCGGGUUGCUUGUGCUAGCACUGCUCUUCUCUCCCUUCUUCGAUCCUGGUCCGGACUCCUACACAUCUCCGAUCCUUUUCUUUCUACUCGUCCUCUUCAAUCCCUAGUAGAGAUACUGCAAAUUCAGACCCACCAGGCCAGGAAGAUAUCCUACGAAACCCGGAAGGUGGUGAUGGAUAUCAUCUUCAAGUCCUUAAACCUUCAGGUACCUGACUGGACUGAGGAGUUUGAUGUUGCGAUGAGAACUGCUGACCCCUCUGCUCCAAAGGAUACCUGGAAACUAGGAGAAGGUUUUGUUGCCGCUGAGGGAGAAGAUAUUCUUCCGCAUCUCUCAAAGUCUCGACCCAACCUUCUGGAGAACCACAUGUGUGUUCUACUCUCCUGCUACUUAGAGUGUAAGCUUCCCAGAGCUUUAGUCCAGGUGAUAGUAAGCAGUGAUACCGUCCUGUCAGUGCGUGCUACAGUUUUGUUAGGUCAGGUUCUUCAUCUCGCAACCUUACUUCUUCCUCAUGAGAUAGGUUCAUUAUCUCAGUGCCUUCCAGAGCUAGCAGAUCAUAUAGCAACAAAUACUCAGACGUUUAAUAAAUGUGAAUCUAAUCGAGCAAUAUCUGCCGUUACAUCUCUACAGCGUCUACACACCUUGAAGAAACAAGGAACCCGACCCUACUCACUUCUCCUGGAACAAGCUCUUCAGUCUACAGGGCUAAACCAGGGAGAGGGGUUCGUUGGAGAUAAAUUGUUUAUCCCGGCUCCUUCUCCUAGUGGUGCUCCGCCCUCUCAAUCCACUGCAACUUCAAUAGAGCUGGCAGUCAUUGCUAGUAUAAAGGAAUCCCAGGUUUUACCAAACCGGGAUCCCCAAUCUUGGCGAUGGGAUAUCAUCAUGUCAGUUCUUAGAUGGCCAAGCGAUGGUCUCAAGAAGAUGGAAGAUUCAAAUUUUAAAAAUUUUAUUAAGAAGUUGACAGAUUAUUUCAAACCCUCGGGGAACAUGUUCAGUAGACUGGAGCUGGAGAACCCUAGAACCCGGGAGCACGGUAGGAUUGGUUGCUGUCUUCUUGAUUUCCUCAUCUCUUCUACGUCCUUCGUAACGGAUGCAGAGCGACGAGGUGUCGAGCCGGAGAGUUCGGUUCUGCUAAAUGAUUUACUCCAGGACGUGUUUGUUUAUAUUGAGGAAGUGAUAGGUUCGAAUUCUCCUCAUGAUUGUAGGUUCUCUCCAACCCGUCUCAGUAAUACAGCUUGCCAACUCUACUUUCUAUUCAUAGGACGACUGACUGCAACAGAGCAAGGUCGUGGUUUUCUGGAGAAACAAAGAGCUUUAUCUCAGCUCUUGGUUCUUCUCACUUCAAGGAUGGAUGUUUAUCUCAAGCUUAUUAUUAGUUCUAUUGAUUACAGAACUGCAGAUUGGAGAAUGCUACUGAGCAAAGCUUUGUCAGGAACAUCUGAAGCAGGACGGAUUUACACAAUCAAAUGGUUGAGAGUUCUAGCUAGGAUUGGAGCUCCUAGCUUUGCUCAGUACGGAGUAGAACUCUUGGUUGAGCAGCUUCAGGGAGAGUCCUUAAAGGUUUCUGCAACUGCCCUGGCAGUACUUGAAGAGGUCUGUGAUGACAAGAUGUACCUGGAGUCCCUGGUUGCAGCCAAGUCAAGUCUACUAAGCGAACCCGGGCAGAAGGCCUUGGUCAGACUUGGAGGACGCGGAAGGAUCCUCCUCACAAGGUUUCUAGGAUCUGGCAGCGGGUUUAACCUAAUGUCCAGCAACAACUGGUUGUCCAGUGAGCUGGUGGUAUGGGCAGAGUCCUUCAACUUAAAGUAUGUGAUCCUUCUCGAGGGAAUUAUUAACGAUGGUUUCACAGAGCACCAAAGAGAUUUGUAUGGACACGGCGGAUAUGGAAGAAGAAGUGGUGAUGGACGAACUGCUAAGGACGUUUUUGUUCCAUCUCAUCUUUACGGUCAGCUUGCCCAGACAAGAUCUGGACUAGAUUUAUUGCUUGAAGAAAAGUCAUUUUGGGAGAUGAUCCAGACUCUGCGAGAGGUUGAGAACUUAUCUGUCUCCUUGACCCACGAGAGCCUGGAAGAAACCUGGUUAAAGAUCAAGGCGGCCAUCUGGGGUUUAGCUCAUGUUGCAACUUCUCCAAUAGGAAGUGCUGAACUGGAGAAGGAAGGAGUUCUAAAUCUUCUCGUAAAUAUUGCUGAAUCCUGCCAGGUUCUAACCAUCAAGGGAACCGCCUACUAUGCUCUAGGUCUGGUCGCAACCACACGAGUUGGAACACAUGCUCUGGGGAUUAGAGGUUGGGCAACCGUUCGUCACGCUAGAACAGAAACAUGGCCGAUUACUUACGAAUGGUUGGGAGUAACAGACAAUCUAUUCCCGGACGUAUCCGAUGCCAAUAGAUUCGGCGACGAGAGUCCUGUCCCGUCAGAAUCAUGGCCGGAUGAAACUAUUUCCUGUGAGCUGCAGUCCUACCCGGAGCGGAAACAGGUUCUUAAUGUUGAGGAGCACAAGCAAAGACGGGUUAAAACCAUGAGUGAGUGUACGGAUAGUAGUUUAUCACAGAACAUGCUGGAGUUAGGACCAAGUCCUCUUGAACCAGGAUUCCCACUGCCAGGGAAACUUUCGGAGAAGAUUUCGAGCUGGUUUUCUACCUCAGGAAGCGGGAAAAACGAAUCGAAAAGUGAGGGAAAUCGAAGGUUCUCCGAUGGUGGGAAAUCAGGUUCAAGUUUCACGAGCAAACUUAGAAACAGUUUGAGAAAGCGAAGUAAAACCAUCUCUACAGGAUCUUUACCUCCAAGUAGAGAAGGAACACCUUUGUCAAGCGUUGAACAGAGAGCAGACGUUUCUGAGGAUGGUUCUGGAAUAUAUAAGAGACGAUUGAGUUUUAGUUUGAAGGAACCUUCCGCUCCAGGUCCUGCUGCCAGUCCAGAGAACCUACCUGGAGAAAUAUUCUCCCUUGAGAAUAUAUUGGAGGAACCUGGAGCUUCAACUGCUCCUCAAAAUAGAGCUUCGUCUGCUCUUCAGUCUGCUUCUCAGAAUGGAUCUUCGUCUGUUAUUCAGCCUCAUAUUACAGCUGCUCCUCAAAAUGGAGCUAUUGCUGUUCCUCAUCCAAGAACCUUCCAUAAACGGACCAAGAUGAAAUCUGAGUCCGAGAUGGAAUGUAUUGAUGAAUCUUUUGAUCCUAGUACCACAUCUAGUGGAGGGCAGCAGAUGGAAACCUCUCUGACCUCCAAUACAUCUUAUCAGAUUUCCGACACCAGCAUUAAAGUUCCUGACAUCAACAGAUCUACUGAUAUUCAGAUUACGUUUUCAGCACAGAAGUUCGACACAACCCCAAGUUCUAUACGUCAAGGAACAAGUGUUAGCAGUGUCAGCUCUAUUGGUUCCUUCACAUUUCAAGAUAACUAUGGACAAGGAUCUUUAGUCCGGAGUCGGAUCAAGCGUAGACCGGAGCUGAGUGAGUCCGAGGAUGGAGAUACUAUGUUGACUCAAUAUCCUCCUGUUGGUAGACAAGAUUCAUACAACUCAAAGACUAAAUCUCUAGACUAUAGAAUGAUCCGAGGAGGAGGAAGCAGGAAAGGAGUAUCCGAACCUUCCAAUUUACCUAAUAAACCUGCUUGGAUAAUGUCAAGGUUUGACAACUCCAAGGAACCUUCCUACUGGGGUAUAGCCUACCCUCUCUUUCAUCAGGUUCUAUACCCUGAGACGGAGGAUAGGAUUCCUUCUCCCCGGUCUAAGCUGCAUGGUAUGGUAGACGCCUGGUUGAAUACUUCAACACGUCAUGUUCCUUCCUAUUGUUUAUCUUGCUGUAGACUGCGCCCGUCUGUCCGACCCAGAGCCACAUCACUUACCGUCUCAAAGGAUGAUCCACGAUCUUCUAUUCUCCUCUCCUCCAGCUUUCCAUCCUCUCAACAGAGUCCAGAGGUGAAAAGAAAAUCGUGGAAUCCAACCAAAGAGACGUCGAAAUCCGACUCCAACCGUGAUCUGGACUCCGAUUCCUCUGAUAUUCCCUUGAACUACGAGGACGCCAAGGACGAGGUUAUGGACUUCAUCUACCAGCUAAACUCUGUGUUCCGGUAUAAACAGGCGGAGGCCGGCCUCUCACGGUUCAAGGGAAAAUUCCCAGCACUCUUCGAGGAUUUAUGCUUUUACAGCGAUGUUUGUCAUGUUCUUGGAGAAUAUAAUUUCAGGAUUAACGCGAGAAAGUUUAUUCAAGUUCUUUUUAAUUCACUAGAUAUUAGUCAGAUGGAAGCUGAAGCCAGAAAUAUUCUUAACCCAGGAGACCCUUCAUGAUUAAUCCUUGAACCAUCCUACAUACAUUACAUCUAGUCUAGUAUUCUACAGACCAGCAGUUCCUAAUCAGGAUCUUGUACAUUCUUACUCUAGUUAAUAUCAACAACACUGCCAUUGAACCCCGUCCUGGAAAACCAUUAAACCCUGGUUGAACCCGUACCAAGUCUACUCGACCACUGGCAAAUAUACUCCCAGUGAUACCACUGACCUACUGCCGAAUCAAUACCAUUUACUCUACUGAGCUCCACUGCCAACUUAAGAAAGUUUAACCAACCCUAGGGAUUGCAAUGAUCAGAUUUGAAAAGAAGUGAAAACGUUACAAUGACGUCAUUGGUUAUUAUAAAAUUUUUAUAUUUCUAUAUUUUGAAUAUUAAAAAUAUGUAAUGAAUGUAAUCAUAUAUCCUGUAGUUCCUACUCCAGGCCUACGCCUGAACCAGUUUUAUUUAUUUAUAUUUGUUAAUGGAUUAUUUCUGAAUUAUAAUUAUUAUAUUUAGAUGCUCGGCGGUUAAAUAAACUCGGGCAAACAACAACAAAUCUUAUUUUUGCUUUAUUUUGAAUGUUUUUUAAAAAUUUUAACAGGAUUUUGAUUUGAUUCUUUUUUAUUUUAAUUAGGUGCUACUAGAUUGUCUGAUGUCUCCUCUAUACUUUGUCAAUUGCUAGAACCAAGAAUGAGUUAUUUUCGAUUUGUUAAACUUUGGUUAUCGAUAGUUUAUAUCGUCAAGUAAAGUUGUAGACACUGCAGAAAAAAUAUUAUUUCAGUUGUGAUCUGUUUAUAAAUUUAUUUAAUAUUUUACGUUAUCCAUUAAUAUUGUUAAUAUUAGUUUUCAAAGUUUUUCAACUCCCCCCCCCCCCUUGUGUGCCAACCCAACAGACAACAGACCAAACAAUUACAAAGGUCCUUAACUAAGAUAAAAUCCUGUAUCCUUCCUUUUGGUUUCCCUACUCUACUCAUCAUGAGAUAUCCCUGUAUCCUUCCUUUUACUCAUCAUUAGAUAUCCCUGUAUUCUUCCUUAGGGUUUCCUUUCUCAUCUAAUCAUUAGUUGAUAGGAUCAUUUAAUUUGUCUUAUUAUUGUACAACUAUAUUUUAAAUCAAUAAAAAAUUACAUCUGUA